AUGGCGUCGUACGAGACCCCUCGCAUCGACGUGAACGCCACUGGCUGGGGCCCCACAGUGCUGCCCGAGCAGUUCCUCAACGUGCCGUAUGCGCCUUUCAACAAGGGCGACAAGUUGGGCAAAGCCGCGGACUUUGUCAGCAACUACGCGCCGCGUGGGGGGCGCUACGUGCGCGACCCGUCGGGUGUGAAUGCCGAGUUCCAGUACAAGCACGACUCGAAGGAGGACGCGACGUUCCAACUGGUCGACACGUCCAAGGGCACGCGCCCGAAGAACGAGGACCGCCUGCGUCCGACGUGGAACCAGCAGCGCUUUGGCGGUCGCGGUGGACGUGGAGCCGGCGGACGCCAUAGCUACGGCGACAAACCGGACGCGAACGCCGCGACAACGUCCUCGGCGCAGCUCCGUAUGAAGGGUAUGCAGAAACAGAACAAGCGAUGGGAUCGUCUGAGCAACGCACGUCGCCAAUUCACAUUCCGACGUCGCGACGAGGUGCAGGCCGAUCGCGCUGCGUCUGUCGCGGUGCAGGCGAGCUGGAACCUCAUUGACCAGUUUGAGCUCCAGCAGCUAACCAAACUGCAGGCGAAUAUUCCCAAGAGUCAGGACUUGAAGUGGUGUGGAGAACUGCGCGAGUACGAUGCUGCGUUUGACCGGAUUACUAGUCGCACGAACACGCGCGUGCAUCGUUACGACGACCGUGACUUUUAUUACGUCACAACGACCGAUGAUCCGGUCAUUGAAGAGCUCGCACAGCAGGGAGAAGCUACCGUGUUUGCUACGGAUGCUAUCUUGGCGCAUCUGAUGGCGGCCACACGCUCUGUGUUUCCAUGGGACAUUGUGGCCCAGCGUGUGAACAACAUGUUGUUCUUUGACAAGCGCGAUAGUUCCACGUUUGAUCUCCUUACGGUCAACGAAAAUGCGUCAGAUCCGCCUAGUGAGGACGACCCUGACCACAUGAACCACCCCGAUCGUCUUAGUCUGGAAGCGACUAUGAUUAACCAGAACAUAUCGCAGCAAGUACUCAAGAGCGGCAACGGGGCUUUCUUCAAGAAGUGUGACGAAGCCAAUCCGUUUGCUAGUGACGACGCCAAGCCAGCCAGCUGCGCUUACCGUUACCGAAAGUUCGACAUGGGUGGCGGUAUGAAUUUGGUGGCUCGUUGCGAAGUGCAGGCGGUGGCGCUCAAAAGAGGCCAGCAGCAGUACGUGAACACGUACGCGCUGAACGAGUACGACCCCAAGUUCCCGGGCGCGAUCGAGUGGCGCAAAAAAAUUGACUCUCAGCGUGGCGCCAUCUUGGCAAAUGAGCUCAAGAACAACUCGUGCAAGCUGGCCAGAUGGACUGCCCAGGCGCUUCUGGGCGGCCUGGACGAGAUGAAGUUGGGUUACGUGUCUCGCUCGAACUUUAAGGAUCCGUACUCGCACGUUGUGCUGGGCAUGCAGUCGUAUGUCCCGAGCACGUUUGCGACGCAAAUAGCUCUCAACCAGAACAGCACGUGGGGCAUUGUAAAGAUGUUGUCAGAGCUGCUGCUGGAGCAGCCAGAAGGCAAGUACGUGAUCAUGAAGGACCCGAACAAGCCAAUCAUUCGGCUUUUCUCGGUGCCCCCUGACACGUUCGACGAAGAGGGCGAGGAUGACGAUGACGAAAAUGACGAGUAA